CCCUCAUCUCAAACACCGUGUUAUGAAACUGAGCUCAGCUGUCAGGUCACGUGUCGCCAGAUGAGGGACAGCUGCUGACUCUAUAAUUUUCCAUCAAUGGAAACAGACUGAAAGUUUUCUCUGAGUGGAAGAUCAGGACUGUUCAUAAUGCAGUUGGAGGCCCAGCUGCGUCUGUGUCAGAGCUGUCUUUGGUGCUACAAGAGUGGACUGCGUCUGCUCUCCCAGAGCGCUGCGUGCAGAAAAGCUGUGAACUACUACGAUCUCCUGGGAGUCAAAUCUGAUGCCACCUUGGAUGAAAUAAAAAAUGCAUUUUUCGACAAAUCUAAAAAGAUGCACCCAGACAGCGACCCAACCAACCCGGGGCUGCACGGCCAGUUUGUGGAGCUGAACGAGGCCUAUCGAGUGCUGAGCAAAGAGCCGAGCAGGAAGGAGUAUGACUUUAAAAUCAGACAGCCCUACAGCAGGAGUCAGGCCUUCAGAUCAAACUCAAGCUACAGAGCCAGUACGGCGGCCCAUGAAAAUAUUCGUUACUGGGAGCAGUUCCGUCACACUCCGGAAAUGUCGGCAGAGGAGUGGCAAAAGAGGAAGAAGAGGAACAUGCGCCUGGUGGGCUACUGCCUCAUCACUAUGUUCCUCAGUGUUGGAGCCCAUGUAAUCUUCUUCAGUAAACUGGAGGAGGUUCACAACAACUUCAUGGACGAGAAAGAUCGAGUCAUCAAAGAAAUAUACAAUGAAUCAAAAGAGAGGGCCAGGGUCAACGGCUUUAAGAGACAGACAGAAAUCCUGCGGCAGAAACACGCUGAGUUUCUGGAGAAAUACAAAAUCCACAAAGAUGGAGAGGACAAGUAGGAGGGUCUCCAGCUGUGCUCUGUGAUAGCUCAACUCAGCUGGGAAUCAAGUUUGAACUGCCAGCAGGAGGAAACACAGCAGACUGGAUGUGGUACUAGUUUUUUAGAUUUUUAAAGUUAAUUCUAACCUAUUCACACAUGUUGAUAUGCCCGUGCUUUCCCCUCACACGUGAUACUGAGGAAGCACACAGAGCACGGGUGUGAUGUGGGAGGGUUUCUUUUUCGUCACACUUGGUUUAUUUCUAACCAAAGCCAAGCCAUGUUAAACUGGACUUGACAGGUUGCUCAUAAAACAUUUAUACUGAUGCUGCUGUUCAACGGAUCUAAUUAGAGUUUGUGUACAAACCUCUCUGCUGUUUGUUCAGAGGAGCCGUAAUGAACACUGAUAAACUGCCUUCAAUGACUCACAGGAACACAUUAUUGUCCUCAAGUUAUGAUGACAUAACUGUUGUAAAGCUGAUAUGUUUCUGGGUGCUGAAACAAACUGAUAUCGAUUAAAGUAUUGGGAAGCGAACAAGAAGACGCGGUAAAAAGAGUUUGGUGGGACUCAGUCUGUAAAAGGGGGCGUUGAGGAGGAUGCUGUAUAACGUAUGCAAAGUCUACAUGUUCAGCAUGAAUGUUUUUAGGGUUAAAAUGGUUAAAACGCGUCUCGUCAUAAUCAUCAUAUUCAUCAUUCCCAGUUGUUAAUUUUUUAGAUAUUUUUGACCAGCUCUUCAUUGUUCCUCCUAUCAUCUUCAGCAUUUUAAGCCAAUUCACAAUGUUUUCUCCAUUUGUUAGAAAUGGAAAUGAUCAAUAGUAUGACUUGAAAACGGGUUACACUGAGUAAUUUAUUUAUACUCAAGCUAUAACUAAAAUACAGAGACUAUGGAAAUGUGCAAUUUGAAUGGAGAAAGUGUAUAACUACUGGUCACAUGAAGCGCCAACAUUUAUCAUUUUGCAUCUCUGUUUUUUAGAUAUUAGAGAUUGUUGUUCUGUUUUUGAAUGCCUUAUCUACUUCCUGGUGGGACAUCAGUGAGAAACUAUUAAAAGAUCGACUUUGUUUCAUCAAUCAUUACUCCCUGCAUGCUUUGCCCCUCGUUCACAGUUGGUUUGGUUUGUAAGACAGAGCAGAGUACAGAGAGUAAUAAAGUCUGAAUUCCUUGCUUUUUUUUUUGUCUUGUUUACCACCAAGAAAAAAAAGAAUCUUGGAGGGGAAAAUAGAACUAAUGAAAGUUUA